AUGGGCACGAAACUCUUGUUUUUGGUUGCUGCUGUUGGUUACUUGCCUGUUUUGGCCAAAAGUUUUCACAAACUUGUCACUGAACUGGCAUCUGUACAAGAAGAAAUUGUCAAUGUACACAACGCCUUCAGGAGAAGAGUAGCUCCCCCAGCCAGCAACAUGCUGACGAUGAACUGGAGUGAAGAGGCUGCACAAAAUGCCAGAACUUUUUCAAAGUAUUGUGAUGACGCAGGCAGCAGCCCACUUGAGAGGAGGAUUACAGGUAGCUUUUGCGGAGAAAAUACACACAUGGCAUCUCGUCCAGUUUCCUGGUCACAUGUGAUUGAAACCUGGUACAAUGAGUCUAAAUAUUUCAAAUACGGGAAAGACACACCAGCGGAUGAAGGCAAGACUACUGACCAUUAUACUCAGGUUGUUUGGGCCACGUCUUUCCUUAUUGGCUGUGGAGUUACAACGUGCCACAGAGGAGGGUUGCCUCAAUAUUUCUAUGUUUGUCACUAUUGUCAUGAGGGAAACAAUCUUGACACAAAGAAGCAACCUUACCAGAGAGGCGCCCCCUGCGGAAACUGCCCGAAGGACUGUGAAGAUAAACUUUGUACUAACCCCUGUCCCCACUAUGAUGAAUAUACCUACUGUGAGCAACAUGUCAAACAUUUUGGAUGCAACAACACGGCAAAUGAAUUAUUCUGCAAAGCUACUUGUCUGUGUAAUACUGAGAUAAGAUAA